CGUCUGGCAAGACUGCGGGCACCGAGUCGUCUGGCAAGACUGCGGGCACCGAGUCGUCUGGCAUUGGAUCGUACUGGCAUUGGAUCGUCUGGCUCGACAGCGGGCAUUCGGGUCACCAGGUAUGACAGCGGGCACUGGGUCACCAGGCAUCAGUCAUUUGGCUCGCCAGCGGGCACCGCGUCAUCUGGCAAGGCAGUGGGCACCGAGUCACCAGGUACGACUGCGGGCUCUGAGUCAAUUGGCACGACAGCGGGCACCGGAUCAGGUACCGGAUCAUCUGGAUCAACAGCGGGCAUCGAGUCAACUGGCCUAAUAGGAUCAUCAGGCUGGAUCAGCUGAGUACAGGCAUCAGGCUGAGUACAGGCAUCAGGCUGAGUACAGGCAUCAGGCUGAGUACAGGCAUCAGG